AUGACAGAAGUGAAAGGAACUCCCAUCAUUAAAGGUUCACGAACAAUGCAAAUAACUGGUUUAUAUAAAGGACGGGCAAUUAUUAUAAAAGACUCUUACAGUGUUAUAAAUAAGAAGCUUAAACUAUUUCCUGCUAUGUUUAACUUACAAACAGGACCGAAAGAAGUAUUUCCAUAUAACUACUACAGCAGUGUUUUGUUAGCAAAUGACAACAGAACUGGUGUCAUUUCUGAAGCAUGUAAGUUUAUCCAUGAUGCAGAUACAUUUAUGAAGAACAUAGAUUCCAUCAAAGGUUGCAGAAUAGAUGAAAACCACUUCGACUUAGAAAAAUAUAGCACGUUUUACUGCAAACAAGAUGUAAGAAUUUUAAGAGAAGGUUUUGUAAAGUUCCGCAAUGACUUAUUGAAAGAGUUUGAUUUAAACGUUUAUGACUACGUUAGUAUUUGUUCUAUUGCUAACAAAUUGUUUGAGAACAGAGUAUACUUCCCGAAUGGAAAUCUUUAUGACCUCUCAAAUAAACCAAGAGAAUUUAUUUCGAGAUGCAUUCAAGGUGGAAGAUGUAUGUUGUCAGAUAACAUGAAACAAAAGAGCAAAAAGAAACUCAUUGCUGACUUCGACACUGUUUCAUUAUAUCCUUCAGCUAUAGCAAGACUUUAUACUUUAGAAGGUAUUCCAAAAGUAUUGAAGGAAGAAAUGUUAAGCACAGAGUAUCUCAUGAGACAUUUAUUCGAUGACGACCAAAGGAACCCAUUGGUGAAAAGUUUAUGUCUGGCUUCUUUGUUCUCAUUAAGAUAA